AUGGGCAGUUGUUAAAGUGCUCCUUGUGUAGCAGAUGAUUUACUGACGAUGGAUUCAAGUGCUUGCAAAUAAACGGAUAACCCCAUCAAGGAAGAAAUCCUUCCUCAAUAUGAUGAGAACAAAAUCAUUAUAAUACAGGCUCAUUAUAGAGGGCACAAAGUUCGCAAAUCCCUUAUGCCCACUAUCUCAUCUCCGGAACCCUCUGCUCCAACUUAACCAGACAAUCCAAAACUUUGUUUCGAUCCUACUCUCCUCUAAGAGAAUGAUUAAUCUAUAUUUAUGAAAAAUGGUGCUAUCUAUACUGGGACCUGGAAAGAUGGCAAGGCUAAUGGAAAAGGAAAAUACUAAUUCCAUGAUAGGUAGUUACUAUUUGUUAUUUUCUAGUUACAUCGAAGGAACUGUAAUUUAUUCAAUAUAUUUUAGUGGAUUGCCAAUGAACUUCAAGGCGAAGGAGUCUAUGUGAACUCCAAUGAAUCCUAUCGAGGAUAAUGGAGAGAUAAUAUGUUUCACGGCCAAGGGGAAUUUAGGUAUUAUGAUGGUCGAAUUUAUACAGGCUAAUGGAAACAAGGACUGUAGCAUGGAAUAGGCAAGGAGAUCUAUAAGGAUAAGUCUGUUUAUGAAGGAAAAUUUUAGAAUGGCAUGAAAUGUGGUUUGGGCAUUUUCCAAUUGUCUGAUGGCUCAGUAUAUUAAGGAGAGUUCGAAAAUGAUUUGUUUCAUGGAUAUGGUUCAUUUACUUGGCCUGAUAAACUCAAGGUUUUUGAAGGUUACUGGAGGAAUGGCUUAAAGAAUGGCAAUGGAACCAUGAAAUGGGGAGAUGGUCGUAUAUAUAGUGGUCAAUAUUUAGACGACAUUAAACAUGGCUAUGGAGAGAUGUAUUAUACUGAUGGUCGUGUUUACAAAGGAUAAUGGAAACAAGGCGUUUAGGAUGGUAUAGGCUAAUUUUUAGACAAAGAAGGGAUUGCAAAAAAAGGAUUUUGGGUUAAAGGUAAAUUAAAAAAGUGGAUCUGAGUUAAAAACGAAUUUUGAUUUUCAAUCUCUUCUAAUAAUAAUAUAAUAAGUAUUAAUAAUAUAAA